AUGCCCGCUCCGCUUCUCCCGAUGCUGCUUCGGUCGCUGCUAUCCCGCCUGCUGCUGCCAGUUGCCCGCCUGGCCCGUCAGCACCUCCUGCCCCUGCUGCGCCAACUCGCCCGUCGACUGAGCUCCCAGGACAUGAGAGAGGCUUUGCUGGGCUGUCUGCUGUUUGUCCUCAGCCAGCAACAACCACCGGAUGCUGGAGAGGCCUCUAGGGCGGACCACUCCCAGAGGAAGGAGAGAUUGGGCCCCCAGAAGUGAGGCCAAGGGUCGUGGAAUCAGCAGUGUCCAUCGAAGUACUUUCUU